AGACACUCAAAGAGACAUCGUACUGGCUACUAUGGCAUUCACAGCUAUAUUAGAAAAAAAUGCAAUGCGGAUGAUGCAUUCCGAGCAGCUGAGAAUGAGAGAUGUGUUCCAUCUAUUGAUAUUGGGUAUUCCUGAACAAGCCGAAAUUCCGCCUGUUGCCCCUACAGCUGCUGCUCCUGCCAGCGGACAGGCUGUAAACCCUUCAGCGCAAGAGGCUUCACUACCCACAGUUCCUUCCAGUGGGCCAAAUGCUAAUCCUUUGGAUCUGUUUCCUCAGGGUCUACCAAAUGUGGGUUCAAAUGCCGGUUCUGGAAAUUUGGAUUUUCUACGCAAUAGUCCACAGUUCCAGGCCCUUCGAGCAAUGGUUCAAGCCAAUCCACAAAUCUUGCAGCCUAUGCUCCAGGAGUUGGGUAAGCAAAAUCCGCAUUUGAUGCGGCUUAUUCAAGAGCAUCAACCCGACUUCCUGCGCCUCAUCAAUGAACCUGUUGAAGGGGAGGGGAAUGCGCUCGGGCAGAUGGCAGGAGCAAUACCACAAGCGGUGACUGUUACACCUGAAGAGCGUGAGGCUAUUGAACGUCUUGAAGCUAUGGGGUUUGAUCGAGCUUUAGUAUUGGAAGUAUACUUUGCGUGCAACAAAAAUGAGGAGCUGGCUGCAAACUAUCUAUUAGAUCACAUGCAUGAGUUUGACGAAUGACAUGGAUUGAACUGGGUGCUAUUUGACCUGUUAUAGUUUCCAUUAUACGUUGUUUUUCUUCUCUUCAUUUUAAAUGUGUGUGACUUCCUUCCUAUAUAUCUUGCCGUGUGGAGUACAUUUUAUUUCCUCAUUCCCAGUGGCAAAUCUUGGAUACUCGGACCCUUUUGUAUAAUGGAUAUUAUAUCAGUAAAAUCGUGCCCUAAAGUUAGACUA